CGAGCGAAACAUCUUUAAAAAAAAAACAAAAUGCUAGUUCGUUGGUCUUAAGCGUUAGCAUAUUUUUUGAAAACCCCUUAAAUUCUUUAAAAUCAUGUCUUCUGACUCCGAAGAUGACUGGUACGGGAACGUUACAGAACGACUACAGAAGAUGAAAGACCAGUUUAACCAAAAACAAACAGAAUCUGUGAAUUUGUACGACGAUUCCGGCGAGCUAGACGAAAUCGUAAAAAAGUGCGUUUUGCCUCCAAAAGGCAAAAGAAAAAGCGGUAAUAAAAGCGCUAAAGACACGCCUGACUGUUCAGUAAGUGAUAUUAGUAAUAUUUCCAUUGAUAAUGUGUUAAAUAAUGCUUCGAAACGCGUAACUCGAUCGUCUACGAGAAAUAGCGGUGUUAAUGUUUCCGAUAAUGUUAGUUUGCCGCCGCCUCGCUCGAGAACGCAAAGAGACACCUCAGCUACCAGCGAGAGUAGUAGUACGUCUAGAGGCCGUGGAGGUCGCGGCAGAGGCCGAGGGAAAAGCCCUAGAGGCCGCGGUAGAAGCAGAGGCCGACGCAAUAGAGCUAUGAUAACAGACUUUGUGCAAGCCUUUACUUCAAGCUCCUUAGAUCCUUCAAUACCAAUAUACAGCAUUGGUAAUACCGCAGAUUAUCCCGAUCAAUUGCACAACCAACCAUUGUUUAACAAUCAACAAAAGAAUGACGAUGUGGUACUUGUUGGUGAAGAUGACUCGUUUGACAACGAAGAACUAUCCGUUAAGGUCUAUUGGCAGAGUUCGGAGAUAUUUAAAUUCUCAAUAAGAAAGUAUCAGAAAUUGACACAGAUAUUUGAUUAUUUCGCUAAGAAAGAGAAUAUUGACAAGGACAAACUAUUGUUUACGUACCAAGAAAAGAUUUUGAAAUCAGACGAUACACCAGACUCCAUAGAUUACAGUAUCGUUAAGUUUAUUGAAGGUGGAAUCGUUACCCAAGGUGUGUCAGAUUUGGUAACGAUGGACCGUCGUAAAAUCAAAGAUGGCAUCAAAUUGAAAUUCCAAUGUCAAAAUGUAAAGAAACCACAUGAGGUAACGAUUCGACCCAAUGAAAACUUAUCAUCGGCAAUGAUGCAGUAUUCAGAGCACAUAGAGAUACCGAUUGACAGACUGAAAUUUGAAUUUGACGGGAAUAGUAUAUCAGGGAAACUAACACCAGAGGAGCUCGAGUUGGAAGGGGAUGAAUGCAUUGAUGUAAGAAUUAUAAGUUAAUGUAGGUUCUAAAUAAAUCUAUUGUUUUUAUUUAUUAA